AUGAACUGGACAGGAGGCAAGCUGUUUCGUCAUUCCUUCAAGGACAAGACCACCCUCAAGGCUCGCGAGAAGCUACAUUUCGCCAAGGCAAAGAGGCGAGCCCACACGAGCCGAAGAGAACCGCUAUCCCCUAUCCGAGUACCGCGGUCGGCAGUGGAUGUUGCUGGGCCAAACCCGCCGUCUUCUAUAAGGACUGACCAGCGGGUAUGCAACCAGGGGUCGUUUAGCGGCGGAUGGAAAAGCACAGAGAACAACCGGCGACACAGAGUCAAGGAUACUAGAAACGCCCCCCUUUCUAUUUAUACGGGAGAUCAACUACCACCGCCAAAUGUGGAGCCCGAUGCCGGCACCUUGGAGGAUUUCAGACGCAGGCUCCUCAAAAAACAUGACUGGGCAGACCUCUCUAUUUCGCGUCCGGUUAACAUGCGCUUUACUAGCGAAGCGGAACGGUAUAAUUAUGGUCGAAGGCGGCCGUUGACUCAAGCAGAUCGACAAAGACUGGCCGUUGGAGAACGAAGAACAAAUUCAAGGCCACCAUCCUACCGGGCCUUGAGGGGGGUGCAUAGGCAAAGAAAAGGAGAAUAUACACCGACAGUGCUGAAUCCCGAUGAUAUUAGUAUCCGUAUUCAUAAAGAGCCAAUAGUCUAUCUGGAUUCCCAGCCUCGGAGCGUGUCAAAAGCGAUGAGCAUGAUGUCAUCCGAGUCGAUGCUUCUUGAUCAGGAGGAAAACCACACAAAUGACAUUUUAGGGCUACCUUCGACACUCGCACAACACGAGAGUAGUGAAGAGCUAGGCUCCUUCGGAAAUCAAAAGGGAACCUCGGUAAAUAAUCCUGCGCGAGGGGAAAUAUGGAGGUAUCCUGUAUCAAGUCCUGUGCUUCCCGACAACUGUGGCCUCCCGGUGCUGAGUAGACACGGCACUUUUGCCGCUUAUGGGCCUAAGACAUGGUAUAUUGCGCCCGACGUGGAGGAGGCAGAAUGCCCAUAUACCAGGGAAAAUGAACAUCAAGAAGCAGACACCGAUCCAUCAAUGAUGUUAGGGCCACAGAACGAAGUAUGUCAAGAGAAGGAUCAGUCAUCCAAAUUAUGGAGAGGCAUACCAGACAAUAUAGAAAAGAAAACAAAUGAAGAGCAGUCACGAGUUCAAGUUUUUUUUGGCCAAAAAGUAAACGAAUGUGCGAAAGACUGCCCAGACCCAGAUGAGAUCUGGAAAAGACUAGUAUUUAAGCCACAAGAAACUAGGAAUGGAGGAGAUCUCAUAAGGAAAACGAUCAGAAAUGAUGUUGAGGACAUGAGUAGCAUCCACGAAACCGAUGGCUUGAUUGAUAACGACUUCAAUUCAACAAUCGGUGGCGAGGCGGUCCAGACCGUCUUCAAUACAUCUUUAAACUGCGUGGAUUCCAUCAUUGACAACGCGCCCUCAGAGACAGACUUCCUGUCUCAGUUCAGUCCAAUGGGAGGGUAUAUCGACGAGUUUCUAAGUGAGAUAUCGAUGCAUAAUAAUGCGAGAGGAUCAAUCUUGUCAGCCCAGCCAACGUCAUUGGUAGACAAUGAUCGUGGAGGACAGGAUUGCCAGAGUAUAGGGUAUGUGCCAUUCCCUCCCGACGGUAGUUUAACAUAUGGAGGGCAGUCUUGGGAUAGCUUUGCUUCAACAAGUCCGUCUUCAUAUGGCAGAAAAGCGCCGUGGCAUACAUAA